AUGGCACACCGAUUUGGAAUCCAAAAUCCAUUGUUGCUAGUCGUUUACACAUAUCAACAAGAAAAUGAAAAACGUUGGACCGGAGACUUUUUCAUCGAAAUCGACAAAAAUAAUAUAAUACUGUAUGAUGCCGGUUACGGUAUGCAAGCAGCAACCUGGAAACCAUUUUCAAAUGCGGAUGCAAGCCAUAUCUUAUUCUUACAGAAAGGGCCGCAUGACAUCAUUAAUUAUAAAUUACACUGCUUGUGCCCGAGGAAGUACACGCCUUACGUUGAAAUUUCAAGUAAUUCCGGAACUUUGGCUCGUAAUUUUCGUAAAAAAAUCCGAAUCCGUACCGAUAGUAGCACUAUUCGUGAUGCAGAAUUCAAAAUGUUUAUCGGUAAUUUCAAUCACUUUUUAAACAUUGUAAAAGUUUAA